AUGCAACGUGGAACAUUAAUUCUUGAAGAUGGUUCUGAAUUUACCGGUUUUGUAUUUGGUGCUACAACUAAUACUACCGGUGAAGUCGUAUUUCAAACUGGUAUGGUCGGUUAUCCCGAGUCGUUAAGUGAUCCAUCUUAUUGUGGAGAAAUUCUUGUUCUUACUUUUCCACUUAUUGGCAAUUAUGGCGUACCCGAUGAAAAAGCCGUUGAUGAGUUUGGACUACUUCGAUGGGUUGAAUCAAAUAAAAUUUAUGCAUCAGCAUUAAUUGUUAGUGCUUAUACUGAACAGUACAGCCAUUGGAAUGCUGUUGAAUCUCUUUCAUCAUGGCUAAAAAAACAUAAUGUACCUGGCCUUUAUGGUAUCGAUACACGUAUGUUAACUAAAAAACUUCGUGAACAUGGAACAAUGCUUGGAAAAAUUGUUAUGGAGGGAACUGAUCCAAAAUCAAUUGCAUUUCAAGAUCAGAACAAAUCAAAUCUCGUGGCACAAGUUUCUCUUCCAAAACCACGUAUCUAUAAUCCAACAGGCAAACUAUCGAUUGCCUGUAUUGACUGUGGUCUUAAAAUGAAUCAAUUACGAAUGUUAUGCCAACUCGGUGCAAAAGUAACUGUGUUUCCAUGGAAUUAUCCUGUCAAACAAGAAGAAUAUGACGGUUUGUUUUUGAGUAAUGGUCCCGGUGAUCCGCAAACUCAAUGUCCAGAUACUAUUACAACCAUUAAAUCAUGGAUUAAUAGUGAAGUUGUUAAACCGGUAUUUGGUAUUUGUCUUGGUCAUCAAUUAAUGGCAUUAGCUGCUGGAAUGAAAACAGCAAAACUUAAAUAUGGAAAUCGUGGUCAUAAUCAACCAUGUUUAUUGGAAGGAACGCAACGUUGCUUUAUUACAUCACAAAAUCAUGGUUUUGCUGUUCAAACAGAACAAGGUUUAGCUAAAGAUUGGAGUAUUUUAUUUACAAACCAAAAUGAUCAAUCAAAUGAAGGCAUUAUUCAUGAUUUGAAACCAUUUUUCAGUGUUCAAUUUCAUCCUGAGCAUUGUGCUGGACCCCGUGAUACAGAACAGUUAUUUCAAAUAUUUCUUGAUAUUGUUCAGUCAUAUAAAUCAAAUAAAACAAUCAAUGCGAAAUCAUAUUUAAAAGAACAAUUAACUAGUCGUGAUAGUGGUCCUCAUGCACCACCAGAAGCAUUUUGUACACGAGUGAAAAAAGUAUUGAUAUUGGGAAGUGGUGGUUUAAUGAUUGGACAAGCAGGGGAAUUUGAUUAUUCUGGUAUGAAACAUCAAAUUUUCACAUCAAAUUUUCAUUGUCGUAUUUCUAUAGGUACACAAGCUAUAAAAUCAAUGAAUGAAGAGAAUAUCUAUACUCUAUUAAUCAAUCCAAAUAUUGCAACAGUUCAAACAUCGAAAGGUCUUGCUAAUAAAGUAUUCUUUUUGCCAAUUACACCAGCUUAUGUUGAACAAGUUAUUCGAAAUGAACGUCCCGAUGGUAUUCUACUUAGUUUUGGUGGACAAACAGCGUUAAAUUGUGGUUUUCAAUUGCAUGAAUUGGGUAUUUUAAAAAAAUACGCAUGCAAUGUAUUAGGUACACCGGUUAAAUCGAUUCAAAUUACUGAAGAUCGAUCGUUGUUUGCACAGAAAAUGGCUGAUAUUGGCGAAAAAGUUGCUCCGUGUGAAGCUGUGAAUUCUCUUGAAGAGGCGUUGGUAUCGGCGGAAAGACUUGGCUAUCCAGUACUUGUUCGUGCUGCUUUUGCACUUGGUGGUCUUGGAUCAGGUUUUGCUGAUAAUCGUGAACAACUUAUACCUUUAGUUACAUCAGCAUUAGCACAUUCGUCUCAAUUAUUAAUUGAUAAAUCACUUAAAGGUUGGAAAGAACUUGAAUAUGAAGUCGUUCGUGAUCAAUAUGAUAAUUGCAUUGUGGUAUGUAAUAUGGAAAACAUUGAUCCAUUAGGAAUUCAUACUGGUGAAUCAAUCGUUGUUGCACCCAGUCUAACAUUAUCCAAUGAUGAAUAUAACUUAUUACGCAGUAUUGCAAUUAAAGUUGUUCGUAGUUUGGGUAUUGUUGGUGAAUGCAAUGUGCAAUUUGCAUUAAAUCCAUGUUCAACUGAAUAUUAUAUUAUUGAAGUCAAUGCGCGAUUAUCUCGUUCAUCAGCAUUAGCAUCAAAAGCAACUGGUUAUCCAUUAGCAUAUAUAGCAGCUAAACUUGCUCUUGGAAUGAGUUUAGUUGAGUUGAAGAAUGCUAUAACAAAUGAAACAUGUGCUUGUUUUGAACCAAGUCUUGAUUAUGUUGCCGUGAAAAUUCCACGAUGGGAUUUAAGAAAAUUUGUUCGAUGUUCAAAUAAAAUUGGAAGUUCAAUGAAAAGCGUCGGCGAAGUUAUGGCAAUUGGAAGAUCAUUCGAAGAAACAUUUCAGAAAGCUUUACGAAUGGUUGAUGAAGAUAUUAUUGGCUUUGAACCGUACGCAAGAACAGUCACAGACGAUGAAUUAAGUAUACCAACAGAUAAACGUGUUUUCAUAUUGGCAACGGCUCUUCGGCAAGGUUAUAGUAUAGAACGUUUAUUUGAACUAACCAAAAUAGAUCGAUGGUUCUUGUACAAAUUCGCAUCAAUUAUUGAAUUUCUCGUUAAACAUUCUGAUUCAUUAAUUUUCCAAGACCAAACACUUCUACUCGAAGCGAAACGCUUGGGAUUUUCAGAUAAACAAAUUGGAAUAUAUUGUAAUACCACAGAAUUGGAAGUUUAUGCAUCACGUCAACGAUUUGGCAUACGUCCAUUUGUUAAACAAAUCGACACAGUUUCUGGUGAAUGGCCAGCACAAACCAAUUAUCUUUAUUUAACGUAUCAUGCUGAUAUUGAUGAUGUACAACCAAGUACAAACGAAGAAACGCCUGUGCUUGUACUUGGAUCAGGUGUUUAUCGAAUUGGAAGCAGCGUAGAAUUUGAUUGGUGUGCUGUUGGAUGUUUAAAUGAACUACGACGUCUUGGUCAUUAUACUUUAAUGCUUAAUUGUAAUCCUGAAACUGUUAGUACUGAUUACGAUAUGAGUGAUAGAUUAUAUUUUGAAGAAAUUUCAUUUGAAUCUGUACUUGAUGUUUAUAAUUUCGAAAAACCACAUGGUAUUAUUCUAUCAAUGGGUGGUCAAUUACCAAAUAAUAUUGCCAUGGAUUUACAUCGACAAAGACAUGUUAAUGUACUUGGUACUCUACCAGAAAGUAUUGAUGCAGCUGAAAAUCGAUUCAAAUUUUCUCGUUUACUGGAUGAAAAUAAUAUUCAGCAACCAAAAUGGAAAGAACUAUGCAAUUUUAAUGGUGCCAGUGCUUUUUGUGAUUCUGUUGGUUAUCCAUGUCUUGUUCGUCCAUCAUACGUUUUAUCUGGUGCAGCUAUGCGUAUUGUCUACAAUGCUAAAGAUUUGAAAGCAUAUUUAAGUGAACAUGGCCUUUCAAAAGAAUAUCCUGUUGUAAUUUCAAAAUUUAUUCUUGAUGCAAAAGAGUUAGACAUUGAUGCUGUUGCAUGGAAUGGCCAAGUUGUUCGAUUGGCUAUAUCUGAACAUGUUGAAAAUGCUGGUGUUCAUUCGGGUGAUGCUACUUUAGUAACACCACCGCAAGAUCUCAAUGAAGAUACAAUUAAAAAAAUUCAAUUUAUCUGUUUUUCAGUUGCAAAAGCAUUACAAAUAUCGGGACCAUUCAAUAUGCAAUUAAUUGCUAAAGAUAAUCAAUUGAAAGUAAUUGAAUGCAAUGUUCGUGUAUCUCGUUCAUUUCCAUUUGUUUCUAAAACAUUUGAUCAUGAUUUCAUUGCUGUUGCUACACAAAUUCUAGUUGGUCUUGAACCAGAAACUGUUGACGAUCCGCUUUUUCUUCAUUCGACACGUAUCGGUGUGAAAGUUCCACAAUUUUCAUUUUCACGUUUAUCCGGUGCUGAAGUUUUACGUGGUGUUGAAAUGAUGUCAACUGGCGAAGUUGCUUGUUUUGGGUCUGAUCGGUUUACUGCUUAUUUAAAAGCGUUAAUAAGUACUGGAUACCGUAUACCGAAGAAAAACAUUCUUGUUUCAAUUGGUUCAUAUAAGGCUAAACAAGAAUUAUUAACAGCUAUUCGUACUUUAAUAGAACUUGGCUAUGAAUUAUAUGCUAGUAUUGGAACAGCUGAUUUUUUCGAAGCUAAUAAUAUUAAUAUUAAUCCAAUCGAUUGGAAAUACGAAGAAACAGAAACAAAUUCAAAUGGAUAUGGCAAUGGAUAUGAAUAUACCAAUGGUGAUGGUGAUCUAGGAGCUGUUGAUAAUCCUACACAACGAACUAUUGCUGAUUAUCUUGCUACUGGUUCAUUUGAUUUAGUCAUUAACAUACCAAUGCGUUCAGCAGGAGUAGCUCAUGCAUCCUCGUUUGUUACUCAAGGCUAUCGUUGUCGUCGGUUGGCUACUGAUUAUAGCGUACCCUUAAUUACUGAUGUUAAAUGUGUUAAGUUAUUUGUUGAAGCUUUACGUCGAUUGAACAAUCAAGAAUCAAAAGUCGACAUGUCUAUUGAUUGCAUUUCAACUACAACACUAAUUCGGUUACCUGGUUUAAUCGAUUGUCAUGUUCAUUUACGCGAACCUGGAGAUGAACACAAAGAAGAUAUUGUCAGUGGUACAGGUUCGGCUUUAGCAGGUGGUAUUACAAUGGUCUUAGCAAUGCCUAAUACUAAGCCAGCGCUUACCAAUGAAACUGUAUUGGAGAUGACUGAAAAACUCUAUGAAAAGAAAGCACUUUGUGAUUACGGUUUAUUUAUGGGUGCAAGUAUUGAUAAUGCAAAAGCUGUUGUUGAUAUAGCACAUCGAUGUGUUGGACUUAAAAUGUAUUUAAAUACAACAUUUGGUGAUUUAAAAUUAGAUAAUAUGGAAUCAUGGAUGAAACAUUUUGAAACAUGGCCACCUAACAUUCCAAUUGUAGCGCAUGCUGAAAAUCAAACAGUUGCAAGUAUAUUAUGUUUGGCUGAAAUUUAUUCGCGUAGUGUUCAUAUUGCACAUGUUGCACGUCGCGAUGAAAUUCUUCUAAUACGAGCAGCAAAAAAUAAAGGUUUACUAGUUACAUGUGAAGUAACACCACAUCAUCUAUUUCUUCAUCGUGAUAAUAUACAAAAUAUAUUAAAAGCACAUGGAAAUAUGAAAGGUUUCUGCCAUGUUAAACCUGAACUUCAAACAAGUGAUGAUUGCAAAGCCUUAUGGGAUAAUAUGGAUGUUAUUGAUUGUAUUGCAACUGAUCAUGCACCACAUACCUUGGAUGAAAAAUCAAAUAAAGAAAAUCCACCGCCUGGUUUUUCUGGCUUACAAACAGUAUUACCAUUAUUGUUAACAGCUGUUCACGAUGGAAAAUUAACUAUGGAUCAGUUAAUUGAAAAAAUGUAUACAAAUCCUAAACGUAUAUUUAAUUUGCCAGACCAGGGUGAUGAUACAUUCAUUGAAGUUGAUAUGGAAAGACGAUCGACAGUUGAUGAUAAAUCAUUAUUUACCAAAGCUGCUUGGACACCAUUUAUUGGUAUGAUGCUAAGAGGUUCUGUUCAUCGUGUUGUACUGCGUGGUGAAGUUGUUUUCGUUGAUGGGCAAGUACUAGCUGAGCAAGGUACAGGAAGAAAUAUAGUACAAUUACGUGGUGAAUCCAAUCAUGCUAAGAAAAUCAAAGCGACACAAAAUUUAGUAUUGGAGAAAAAAUAUUCACCUCAUGAAAUAGAACGAAAACGACAACGAUAUAUUAGUGAACCAGGUGUAUUGGAUAAACCAGAAGUUAUACCAAAGAUCGCAGCCAGUCUAGCAAAACAUCAUAUACUCAGUUCUUUACAAUUGAACCGUGUACAAUGCCGUGAAAUUUUUACAUUGGCACAUUUUUAUCGUAAUGCACACUUGCAUCAUCGUCCAAUUGAACCCAUAUUAGCUGGUAAAAUCUUAUCACAUAUGUUUUUUGAACCUUCAACACGCACGCAAUGUUCAUUUACUGCUGCAAUGUUACGUCUUGGUGGUUCCGUUAUUCCAUUUGAUAGUCAAUUAUCAUCAAUUAAAAAAGGAGAAUCACUUGAAGAUUCAGUUAGAAUGUUAAUGAGUUAUUCUGACGCUAUUGUUAUUCGCCAUCCUGAAGUAGGUGUUGUACAACGAGUAGCUGAUAUAUCGCGUGUGCCAGUAAUCAAUGCCGGCGAUGGUAUUGGUGAACAUCCAACACAAGCACUUCUUGAUGUAUUUACAAUUCGAGAAGAAAUUGGAACAUUCAAUGGUUUAACUAUUACAAUGGUGGGUGAUUUAAAACAUGGUCGAACAGUUCAUUCACUAGCAAAAUUACUAACGAUCUAUAGUGAUAAAUCAAUUACACUAAACUAUGUUUCUCCACCUUCAUUGGCUAUGCCUCAAGAUGUCAUGAGUUGUGUUUCAGCAGCAGGCAUUCCGCAAAAAUCAUAUACAAGUCUUGAUGAAAUAUUACCGGACACAGAUGUUCUCUAUAUGACUCGAAUUCAAAAAGAACGAUUUACUUCUGAAACAGAAUACAAAAAGGUUUGUGAUCUUUAUAAAAUAACACCAAAAUUUAUGCGUAAAGCUAAGAAACAUGGGAAAAUGAUUGUUAUGCAUCCAUUACCUCGUCUUGAUGAAAUCAGUACUGCAUUUGAUAUUGAUCCUCGAGCUGCCUAUUUUCGCCAAGCUGAAAAUGGUCUCUACAUUCGUAUGGCUAUACUCACAAUUUUACUUUCAAAGUGA